AUGCCAACCAAACUCACCAAAGAAGAGGAACGGUUGCAGAUCUAUCGUUUCAGAAGAUGGGGCCCUUAUCUCGGAGAAAGACAGUGGGCCACAGUUAGAGAAGACUACUCCCACGACGGUGACGCCUGGUCAGACUUUCCAUUCGAGCACUCCCGCUCCAGAACUUACAGAUGGGGAGAGGAUGGGUUGGCUGGAGUGUCCGAUAACCGUCAAUUCGUGUGUAUGUCCAUGGCAUUGUGGAACGAGAAGGACGACAUCUUGAAGGAAAAGGCGUUCGGAUUGACCAACUCGCAGGGAAACCACGGUGAGGACGUCAAGGACCUCUACUACUACCUCGAUAAUACCCCUUCCCACUCCUACAUGAAGUACUUGUACAAGUACCCUCAAGGCAAGUUUCCCUACCAGCAAUUGGUGGACGAGAACGCCAAGAGAACCCGUUUGGAGGACGAGUACGAAAUCACCGACACCGACAUGUUCAAAGACAACAAGUACUUCGACGUGGUGUUCGAAAUGGCCAAGGGUGACGACGAGCCAGAAGAGCUUUACUUCAGAAUCACCGCCUACAACAGAAGCAAAGAAGUGGCUCCAUUGCACAUUUUGCCUCAUCUCGUGUUGAGAAACACCUGGGCUUGGGGCUCUGAGGAAUCCAAGAUUUCCAAGCCUAAAGUGUCUCAGCACGAUGACUUCACCGUCAAGGUCGAACACGAAAAAUUCGGCACCAAGUACUUUGUAUUUGCCCCAGCUCCAGGUGCCACCGAGAACUCACCAGAUGUCAAGCCAAAGUUAUUGUUUACGGAAAACGAAACCAACACUAAGAGAUUGUACGACCAACCAAACAAGCACAAAUAUGUCAAAGAUGCGUUCCACGACUACGUCAUCGACCACGACGAGGAGGCUGUCAACCCCGAAAAAUUUGGUACUAAGACUGCUGCCUGGUUUGCAUUCGACGAGAAUGGUGGUGUCCAACCAGGAGACUACGUCACCCUCCGUUACAAGUUCAGCAAGUCCCCAGAAGAAAUCGAUGAGUACGAAUUCGACCAAGUGUUUGCUAGACGUCAAGACGAAGCUGAUGCUUUCUACUGGAAAGUCAGUCCUUUGCCAAUGAGUGAUGAAUUGAGACAAGUCCAGAGACAAUCUUUUGCCGGUUUGUUAUGGACAAAGCAGUUCUACAAUUUCGUCCAUCAUUACUGGUCUGGUGGAGAUCCUAACACCCCCAAGCCUCCAGAAAACAGAGCAAAUGGUAGAAAUGAAGAUUGGAAGCAUUUGUAUAUCAAUGACGUUUUAUCGUUACCAGACAAGUGGGAGUAUCCAUUUUUUGCUGCGUGGGAUACCGCUUUCCACUGUGUUCCAUUUGCCAUGAUUGACCCAUACUUUGCCAAGAACCAGAUCGAUUUACUCUUGAGAGAAUGGUACCAACAUCCAAAUGGUCAAAUUCCUGCUUAUGAGUGGAACUUCUCUGAUGUUAACCCUCCGGUCCACGCUUGGUCGGCCUACAGAAUUUUUAAGAUCGAAAGAAAGAUGUAUGGUAAGGAAGAUAUCGAUUUCUUGGAAAGAGUGUUCCACAAGUUGUUGUUGAACUUCUCGUGGUGGGUCAACAGAAAGGAUGCCAAUGGUAACAACGUAUUCGAAGGAGGAUUCCUUGGUUUAGACAACAUUGGUGUGUUCAACCGUUCUGAACAAUUGCCAACCGGAGGUCACUUGGAACAAGCAGACUCUACUGGCUGGAUGGCCUUCUUCUGUUUACAAAUGUUAAACAUUUCCCUUGAAUUGGCCAAGACCAGACCAGUUUACGAAAACAUUGCUUCGAAGUUUUUCGAGCAUUUCAUCUUGAUUUCUGAUGCUAUGAGUUAUAGAGGUGCCCGUGAAGGUGAAACAGGUGAAACAGAGAGCUCUUUAUGGGAUGAAAAAGAUCAGUUCUACUACGAUGCUAUCAGUUACGGCAAGGGCCAUUCUCAAUCUUUGCCAGUCAGAUCAUUGGUGGGUUUGAUUCCACUUUAUGCAUCCUUAACAUUGGAACCUGAAAUCUUGGAAAGAUUCCCAGGAUUCAAGAAGAGAGUCGACUGGUUCAUCAACAACGUCAAGCCAAUUGCUGAGAGAAAUAUCGCUUCCAUGGAAACUCGUGGUGUUGGGGAAAGAUUACUUUUAGCAUUGGUCAACAAGGACAGACUUUUGGCAAUUUUGGACAAAAUGUUGAAUGAAGACGAAUUCUUAUCACCUUACGGUAUUAGAUCGUUGUCCAAGUACCACAAGGACCACCCAUUCGAAAUGGAGGUCAAUGGUGAGAAGUAUUUUGUUGGAUAUUUACCAGGUGAGUCUGAUUCGGGAAUGUUUGGUGGUAACUCGAACUGGAGAGGUCCAAUUUGGUUCCCAGUUAAUUUCUUGUUGGUUGAGGCCCUUCAAAGAUUCUACUUGUACUACGGACCUGAGUUGAAGGUCGAGUGUCCAAAGGGAUCGGGUGACUACUUGAACUUGGCACAAUGCGCCCAAGAAAUUCAACACAGAUUGAUGCACUUGUUCAUCCCUGAUGAAGAUGGUAUCAGAGCAUGUAACGGGCCAAACGAAAUGGUGAAUAAGGACCCAUACUUCAAGGACUAUGUUCCAUUCUACGAAUAUUUCGAUGCUGAUACUGGUAGAGGGUUGGGUGCUUCCCAUCAGUGUGGUUGGACUGCGGUGGUGGCCAAGUGGAUCCACGACAACGGUGUUUCUUGUAGAAUCCCCAAGACUCCAAGGACUCCUAGAACCCCACGUUCGUCUGUGUUCCUCCACAACAGUACUCACCCCAAGCAAUUUGACGAAGAGGAAGAAGAUAGUAACGAGAAGAUCAAACAAUACUACCCCAAGUCUGGUCCUUUCCCCGGAAGAUUGCAAAGAAGAAAGUCCGGAAAGUCUUUAUUGAACUUAACCGUUAAUGCCUUGGAUCUUGAUUACGACGAAUCUACUCAUCAUUCCAAUGUGAGCGCCGCAAGAAGAACUAGUGACUACGGAAAAGGUACCAGCUUGAAGGACGAAUUGGAAGAAUUGGUUCCAACCAAUUCUAGAGGGUCAAUUGACUCCAAUGCCGCUGUUGAUGAUGAAUUAUUGAGUCAAAUCAAGAGCGCAUUCCAGAAGUAUAAAUUGAAGGAGGAUGAAGAUCCUAACGAUGUUUCUGGUGACGAAUUCGAAACCAGACACCGUGACUAG